AUGAAAAGAUUUGUAAUUAGAGGUAUUAAUUCAAAUAUUUUUUCAUUUAAUAUAUAUCUUAAAAAAUGUAAUUUUUAUAGUAAUAAAAAAAAUGUACAAAAUAAUAUAGAAUUGAGAACGGAAUAUUUAUGCAAUGAAAAUUAUGAAGAUGUAGAAUAUGAUGAAAAUAUACCUUCAAACAUAACUUUUGACAUAAAUGUAGAUGACAAAUGGAGAGAAAAAGAAGAAAUAGAAUAUAAAGAUUUUUUGAAAAAAACUAAAUGCAACCUUAAUAAAAGUACAUUCAAUAUAGAAACAUUGGCUAAUGAUAAUUGUAAAACAUUCAAUAGAAACCUAAAUGUUCAUAAUGAGAAAUUUUUUAAAGAAAAUUAUAUAAAAAAUGAUAAUAUCAAUCAUGAUCAUAAAUAUUUUGAUGAAAAUGUAGAAUUUACACAAGAGAGUAAAAAUAACGAAAAUUUUAUUCAAAGUGAAAAUGGAUUAGAUGAAACAUAUUAUGAUAACAGAAUUAAUUUCGAAGAAAAUUUAAAAGAUUCAAGUAAAAAUUUAUGUGUAAGUAAUAUGAAUUCAAAAAUUUAUGGAGAUGAUAUAAAAAAGAAUUUUUCUAGCGAUAAAUCGGAUGAAAUGAUAAAUGUGGAAUAUAUUAAAAAUUUAAUUAAUAAAAAAGAGAAAAGCAUUAGCCUAUUUUUAUAUAUUUUAGAUAUUUUAAAAAAAAAUAAUGAUAUAAUACAUGAAAUAGAAGAGGAAUAUAUAAACAAAUUGUUCAAGAUCUUAUAUGAAAAUUUUGAAAAUGCAUCUCACGAUAAUUUAAUAUGUAUUUUGAGCUUAUUAAAUGAAUUAAAUAUGAAAAAUAAAAUUAGAGAUAUAUCUUAUGAUAUAAUAAAACUUUUAAAUAAAGAAAAGAAUAAUUCUCUUGAUAAUGAAGAAAAAAUAAAGCUUUGUAUUCAUUAUAUAACAAUAAUGAAUAAUUUCUCAUUAUAUUUUGUUGAAUUUUAUGAUUAUUUGAUUGUCAAAGUUAAGUAUAUGAAUUGCGAUCAAUUAACCGAAUUUGCAAAUCAAUGCUUUAAGCAUAGUUUGAGAACUAAACAUUAUUUAGAUAAAAUUGUUAUUAUAUGUAUGGAAAAAUUAAAUAUGUUUAAUUUAAAUCAAAUAAAAUCAUUAUAUUAUUCUUUUCAUCGUUUUUGUAAAGAAUAUUCCAAUUUUUAUGACUUAUCCUUAAAUAUAAUAAUAAAAAACAUCGAUAAAUUUGAUUUAACUUUUUAUCAUUUGAUAUUAAAAAUAUCCAAUAAUUUUAAGCAUGAUGAAAAAUAUAUUAAUUUAAUUUCACUAGCUGCUAAGCAAAUUACCUUGAAUAUACAAAAUAUAAGAAAUGAUAUAAGAAAAUCAAGUAUGAAAGGAAAUUUAAUAAAUAAGGAGAAAAAAAGAGAGGAAAUUUGCGAUUAUUCCAGUGAAGUAAAGAAUGUUGAUGAUAACAUUAAUGUGGAAGAGGCAUAUGAAAACAUGAAUGAAGAAAUAAUAAAAAGCAAAAAAGCUAGGAAAAUUAACCAGAAAAAUGGAAAAGUGAAGGAAGAACAUGAUGUUAAUGAAAAUAAUAAAGAAGAAAAAGAGAAAAAAGAAUAUUAUACUGAAAAAAGAAAAGAAAUAUUAAAUAAUACAAGUAAAAAUCAGUUAAAGGAUGACUUUAAGUUAGAAGAUACGAUUUGCGAUGAUGAUAAAAAAAGUGAAAUAAUAAAAAUAAUCCAUUGCUUAAAAUAUUUUGAAUAUAACAAAAAAAAUGAUAAUGAAGUGAAAAAUGUAGUAAAUAAUAUAUAUGAAUUAAUUAACGAAAAUAUAGAAUAUAUUAAAUAUUUAGAUGUAGAAGAUGUCGUUUAUUCAAUUGUUUGUUUUUGUUCAUAUAACAAAAGAAUUAUAUUAUAUAAUAAUCUUUUAGAUAUUCUGUGUGAAAAAUCUAAUGAACUAAUACAUGCUAAAAAUAUAUCUCUUUGGAUAUAUCCACUUAUAAGUUUAUCAAAAAUAUCUUGGUUUCAUAUGAAUUAUAUGGUAAAUAUGUUUAAAUUUAUAGAAGACACUUAUGUAUUAAGUAGGUUAAGUGUUUUUCAAUUACUAAAACUUUUAUCAUCAAUUGUUAAAAUGAAUAUAUAUGACGAAAAAAUAUAUAAAAUAUUAAUUGAAAAAUUAUUUAAAGAAUGGGAUGUAAUUAAAAAGAAAAUUAUUGACAUAUCUACAUUUUUAUGGUCAUGUGCAUAUGUUAAUAUAAUUUAUAAACCACUUUUUGAUGAAUCAUAUAAAUUAAUAAUUGAUUUAUUAAAUAAAGAAUCUUUUGAUGUUAAUAAUGCUAUAUAUAAAAAUUGUUUUGUUAAUAUAACUUGGUCGUUUAUUGUGGCAAAUUAUCAUAAAACACAAGAAAAUUUUGAUAAAAUUUUAAAUAUGACUUUUUUAAAUAGAGAUCCACAUGAUUCACAAGCUUUUAAAAGAUUACAUCAAAUUGCUGAUUCAUGUUUUAAAGAAAUACCUAGGUCAUUAAUUGAUUUAAAAUGUUUAGAUAUUAUGUAUAAAUAUUGUAUGCAUGAAAAAUGUAAAAUUUUAAGAAAUGAUUUUAAUAUAUAUAAAAAGGAAAAAGAUGCAAUGAAAAUAAGAAAUAAAAUAUUAGAUGAAUUAGUUUACAUUUUAAAAAAUUUUAAUAUUUCAUAUAAUCUUCAUUUCGAGCCAUAUCAUAACUCUCCAUAUAUAAUAGAUAUUGUUUUAAAUCAACAAAUGCAAAUAGGAAUAUGUGUUUUUAGCAAAGAACAUUUAAUGAGAACUUUAAAAAAAUCAUCCUGGGAUUUUUUAAACACGGGUUUUGUCUCACUACAAAUAAGAAUUUUAUAUGCUCAUGGAUGGAAGAUUAUUCCUAUUAAUGCAGGAGAAUGGCUUCAAUUAAAUUAUGAUAAAAAAAAAACAUUUUUAUACGAAUAUUUCAAACAACACUCAAUACAAAUAUAA